GGGGCUGACCAGAAUCCAAAGAGGAGCAGAAGCAAGAAGAAUGUCACAGUUCUGGAAACCAGGGGCGGAGAAGCCUCGCCUCCUCGACGACGAAGAAGGCGGCGUCGUUUUCUUCGCCACCUCCUCCGGCGGAGGCUAUGCGAAUCUGGAGCGGCAGAGGCAGAGACUCCCGAUGUUCAAGUACCGCACCCCCGCCAUUCUUUACUCCGUCGAGACUUGCGCCACUACCGUCGUCGUCGGCGAAACCGGCAGCGGCAAAACCACUCAGAUUCCUCAGUACCUGAAAGAAGCAGGCUGGGCUGACGGUGGCCGUGUGAUUGCUUGUACUCAGCCACGAAGAUUGGCUUUACUCAGCAGCAAAAGGUGUCGCAGACAGCAAGGAGAAGAGGUUGGACCAAUUACGGAGCCUGCUGUCCUAUCGGUUGAGGGUAGAGGGUUUAAUGUACAAAUUCAUUACGUGGAGGAGCCUGUAGCCGACUAUCUUCGGGCUGCAGUCUCAACAGUAUUAUCAAUACAUGAACAGGAACCAAUGGGAGAUAUUCUGGUUUUUCUUACUGGUCAAGAUGAUAUUGAUGCUGCUGUCCAACUCAUCAUGGAAGACUCCCAAAACCGUGGAAAGAACUCAUUAGGUGCAGUAGAUUUGCCUCUCUAUUCAGGACUUCCACGUAGUGAUCAGGAGUUGGUGUUCACUCCUACUCCCAGGGGGAAAAGGAAAGUUGUUAUAUCGACCAACAUAGCUGAGACAUCAAUAACUUUUGAGGGCGUGGUCUAUGUUGUUGAUAGUGGAUUCUCAAAGCGGCGAUUCUAUAACCCGAUAUCAGAUACUGAAAAUCUGGUAGUGGCACCAAUAUCCAAGGCGUCUGCUAGGCAAAGGACCGGUAGAGCUGGAAGAGUUCGUCCUGGGAAAUGUUACAGGCUGUAUACAGAAGAGUACUUUGUAAAGGAAAUGUCUGAUGAGGGGAUUCCAGAGAUACAAAGAUCAAAUCUUGUUUCCUGUGUGAUCCAGUUAAAAGCCUUGGGAAUAGAUAAUAUAUUGAGUUUUGAUUGGCCAGCGUCUCCAUCUUCUGAAGCAAUGGUUUGAGCCCUUGAAGUGCUUUAUUCACUUGGGGUCCUGGAUGAUGAUGCCAAACUUACUUCACCAACUGGAUUUCAAGUUGCUGAGUUCCCAUUGGAUCCAAUGAUCUCAAAGAUGAUCUUAACAUCUGGGGAUCUGGGAUGCUCAGAAGAGAUUAUAACCAUUGCCGCCGUUCUCUCUGUUCAAUCUAUCUGGGCAUCUGGUUGGGGAUCUAAGUUGAAUUUCGCUGCAGCUGAGGAUGAUCAUGUGAGUUUCCUAAAUCUCAACAAAUCAUUUCUUCAGUCUGGGAAAUCUUCCUGGUGUCAUAAGAACUUCGUAAACUAUCAAGCCAUGAAAAAGGUUCUUGAAAUAAGAGAACAACUCAGAAGAACAGCUCGAAGAUUAGGCAUCGACUUGGCCUCUUGUGAAAGAGAUACAGAAGUAGUGAGAAAGGCCAUUACACAUGGAUUUUUCGCUAAUGCGUGUGCAUCAAGUCACGAUGGAAAGUAUAAAACUAUCAGAGGUUCUCAAGAAGUUAUUAUCCACCCUUUGGUGCUGUUCAGAGUUAAUCCCAAGUGGGUGGUUUACCAUUCUCUCGUUUCAACUGAAAAACAAUACAUGCGAAAUGUCAUUGCGAUAGAGCCUUCUUGGUUCACAGAGGCAGCUCCACAUUUUUACCAAAAGCAGCGACCCAAUCCUAUGCUUCACUAGCUUGUGCUGCCCUCACCACCCCUUAUAAGUUCAUAUCGGCACAAUGAGGAAACUACCAUCGUCAUUCAGUAUGGCCUUGAAACUUGGACUUGUAAAUAUGCCGACUGUUUCAUUUAUUCGUACAAACUGGAACAAUUGGUUAAAACGUUAGCUAAUGAUGGAUUAGGUUGAAUUGGAGUUUGGUCAGAUUUUUGUAAACCCACCUAGCUAGGCUCUUUUGUUUUCUGAAGGUGAUAUCAUUAUUAGAAAUUCUAACAACUAGUACCUUGGGUUGCAUAUCAACCCGCACACAACAAGAAAUGAAAUAUUUCCUACAAGUUGGAGUGA